UUGGCUUCAAAAGAAGGUCAUGUUAAGAUGGUGAUGGAGCUGUUGCACAGUGGGAUUGAUCCAGAGGGCACCACAAAGAAAGGGAAUACUGCACUACAUAUUGCAGCACUGGCAGGUCAAGAGAAGGUUGUUGCCGAACUAGCCAACUAUGGUGCCAAUGUCAAUGCCCAGUCUCAGAAAGGUUUCAGCCCCUUAUACAUGGCAGCACAGGAGAACCACUUGGAGGUAGUGAAGUUCCUUUUGGAGAAUGGAGCCAAUCAGAGCCUCCCUACUGAGGAUGGCUUCACACCCCUGGCCGUGGCUCUGCAGCAAGGUCAUGAGAACGUGGUGGCUCUUCUCAUUAACUAUGGUACUAAGGGCAAAGUGCGUCUGCCUGCUCUCCACAUCGCCGCCCGCAAUGAUGACACACGCACUGCAGCUGUGCUGCUACAGAAUGACCCCAACCCAGAUGUUCUUAGCAAGACUGGCUUUACUCCUCUCCACAUUGCAGCACAUUAUGAGAAUCUGAGUGUCGCACAACUGUUGUUAAACAGGGGAGCCAAUGUGAACUUCACACCAAAGAAUGGCAUCACUCCCUUGCAUAUAGCUGCCCGAAGAGGAAACGUGAUUAUGGUUAGACUACUCUUGGACAGAGGAGCACAGAUAGAUGCCAGGACAAAGGAUGAGCUGACCCCUCUGCAUUGUGCUGCCAGGAACGGCCAUAUGCGGGUCAUUGCGAUCCUCCUAGAUCAGGGAGCACCCAUCCAGGCCAAAACUAAGAAUGGUUUGUCUCCCAUCCACAUGGCGGCACAAGGUGAUCACAUGGACUGUGUCCACCAGCUUCUGCAAUACAAUGCUGAGAUUGAUGACAUCACUCUGGACCACCUGACGCCACUGCAUGUAGCAGCACACUGUGGUCACCACCGCAUGGCCAAGGUGCUGCUGGACAAGGGGGCCAAGGCCAAUGCUCGUGCCCUGAAUGGCUUCACACCUCUGCACAUUGCCUGCAAGAAGAACCAUAUGCGCUCCAUGGAUCUACUGCUCAAGCACUCAGCAUCUCUGGAGGCAGUGACUGAGUCUGGUCUAACUCCACUCCAUGUGGCUGCAUUUAUGGGGCACCUCAACAUAGUAAAGUGUCUCCUGGAGAGAGGAGCUUCUCCAAAUGCAUCUAACGUUAAGGUGGAGACUCCAUUGCACAUGGCUGCUCGGGCAGGGCACUGUGAGGUGGCUCAGUUCCUACUGCAGAACUCAGCCCAGGUGGAUGCUAAAGCUAAGGAUGAUCAGACGCCACUGCACUGUGCAGCUCGGAUGGGACAUAAAGAGCUGGUCAAGCUGCUGUUAGAACAUAAGGCCAGUCCAGACUCAGCUACUACAUCUGGCCACACCCCUCUGCACAUCGCUGCUCGUGAGGGACAUGCCCACACAACACGCAUUCUCUUAGAUGGCAAUGCCCAGCAAAUCAAAAUGACGAAGAAAGGCUUCACUCCUCUCCAUGUGGCGUGUAAAUAUGGGAAAGUGGAUGUGGCCGAGCUACUUCUAGACAGAGGAGCAAACCCAAAUGCAGCAGGAAAGAAUGGACUAACACCUCUACAUGUAGCUGUCCAUCACAACAACCUGGAUGUGGUCAAGCUGCUGGUCAGCAAGGGCGGGUCCCCACACAGCACGGCUAGAAAUGGUUAUACGCCACUGCACAUUGCUGCUAAGCAGAACCAGCUGGAGGUGGCCAGCAGUCUGCUACAGUCUGGAGCCAGUGCCAAUGUAGAGUCCCUGCAAGGCAUCACACCACUCCACCUGGCUGCUCAGGAGGGGCGACCUGACAUGGUGGCCAUGCUCAUUUCAGAACAAGCCAACGUCAACCUCGGCAACAAGAGUGGUCUGACGCCACUGCACCUGGUAGCUCAGGAGGGGGAUGUGGGCAUUGCAGACAUGCUGAUGAAGCAGGGUGCAUCAGUCUAUGCAGCUUCAAGGAUGGGAUACACACCCUUACAUGUAGCAUGCCAUUAUGGCAACAUAAAGAUGGUGAAGUUUCUUCUACAGUUGCAGGCACACGUUAACAGCAAGACCAGAAUGGGCUAUACGCCACUCCAUCAGGCAGCCCAGCAAGGUCAUACAGACAUCGUCACUCUCCUCCUGAAACAUGGAGCCCUGCCCAAUGAGAUCACAACUAACGGAACCUCGCCCCUGGGUAUCGCUAAGCGGCUGGGUUACAUCUCUGUCAUUGAUGUACUCAAGCUGGUGACUGAGGAAUCUGUGUCCGUAAUCACCGCUGAUAAGCAUCGCAUGAGUUUCCCAGAGACAGUGGAUGAGAUCUUGGAUGUUUCAGAGGAUGAGGGAGCUGCACAGCUAACAUUAGGUGAUGAGCUGUUGGGAAUGGAUGGUGCUCGCUACCUGAAGCUGGAUGACUUGAAGGAUCAAGAUGAUGACUUUCUUUCACCAAAGAAAUCCCUAAGGGAGUUUGAGAGUGGGAUGGGCACAACGCCCUACUCACCUGCUAUUCCCAGAAUUCCAUGUGUAUCUCCAGAAACUGUCAUACUUGACCAGCAUACUCCUCUUCCUUUGCCGAAGGAAUAUGAUGAGGACUCUCUUAUCCCCAGUAGUCCUGCUACAGAAACAUCAGACAAUGUUAGCCCAGUGGCUAGCCCCAUCCACACUGGGUUUCUGGUGAGUUUUAUGGUAGACGCAAGAGGCGGGUCUAUGCGUGGCAGCAGACACAAUGGCCUCCGGGUGAUUAUACCCCCUCGUACCUGUGCUGCCCCAACACGCAUCACCUGCCGUCUGGUCAAACCACAAAAACUCACAACUCCUCCUCCCCUGGUGGAGGGAGAAGGUCUUGCCUCCCGCAUCAUCUCCCUGGGGCCCUCCAGCAUGCAGUUCCUGGGGCCAGUGAUUGUGGAGAUCCCUCACUUCGCUUCACUGGGAAGGGGUGAUCGAGAGCUGGUGGUGCUGCGCAGUGAAAAUGGUUCAGUUUGGAAAGAGCACCGUAGCCGCUAUGGUGACGAUGUCCUGGAAACUGUUUUGAAUGGCAUGGAUGAAGAUCUGGAGAGUCAGGAGGAGUUGGAGAAGAAAAGAAUCCGCCGGAUCAUCUCCACCGACUUCCCCCUAUACUUUGCAGUGGUGUCACGUGUCCAGCAAGACAGUGAUUUGAUUGGUCCAGAGGGUGGUCAGCUGAUCAGUAAGUUGGUGCCCCAGGUUCAGGCCAUCUUCCCUGAGACGGCAGUCACCAAACGAGUGCGGCUGGGCCUGCAGGCUCAGCCUAUCCCAGAUGAGUUGCUGACUCGGCACUUAGGGAACCAGGCCACAUUCAGCCCUGUGGUGACGGUGGAGCCGCGCAGACGCAAGUUCCAUCGGCCCAUAGGCCUACGCAUUCCCCUGCCCCCCUCCUGGAGGGAGAGUCCACGUGAUGCUGGUGAAGGGGACACCACCAGUCUGCGCCUCCUCUGCAGUGUCAUUGGUGGUACAGCCCCAGCUCAGUGGGAGGACAUCACUGGUACCACCAAACUCAUGUACUCCAACAAUUGUGCCAACUUCACCACCAAUGUAUCAGCAAGGUUCUGGCUGGCCGACUGUCCUCGGACAGCAGAGGCCGUGACCUUUGCCAACCUGCUAUACCGUGAGCUGACAGCCGUUCCCUACAUGGCCAAGUUUGUGGUGUUUGCUAAAAUGAAUGAGGUACGUGAGGGCCGCCUGCGCUGCUACUGCAUGACCGACGACAAAAUGGACAAAACCCUGGAGCUGCAUGAGAACUUCACUGAGGUGGCACGUAGCCGAGACAUAGAGGUAAUGGAGGGGAUGCCACUGCACUUGGAAUGCUCCGGAAACCUUGUGCCAGUGAGGAAGGCCACACAGCAGCCUCGCAUAUUCAGCUUUCAGGCCUUUAGAGACAACAGACUGCCCGUCUCGGUGAAGGUGAGAGACAGCAACAAAGAAUCCACAGGGUUCCUGUCUUUCCUCCGCAAGUCCACUAAGUAUGAGGAUGCACAGCAUGUGCUCUGUAACCUCAACAUCUCCAUGCCCCCUUGUGUUAAGGUGGCAGGUGGUGAAGAACGCAGACGGACUCUGACGCCACUGGCCCUGAGGGAGAGAUACAGCGCCCUGAGUGAGUCAGGCCUGGCUGCUGUGAAUGCCUUGGAAAGGACAGAGAUGAAGAUCGCACUGAUUACUGAGCAGUUGGGUUUAAGCUGGACUGAACUGGCCAGAGAGCUGCAGUUCAGUGUUGAUGACAUUAACAGAAUACGAGUCGAGAAUCCCAAUUCCCUCCUAGACCAGAGUACAGCUCUGCUCAACCUGUGGGCCAGCCGAGAGGGCAAGAUCUCCCAGACAGUGGAGAAUCUGUAUGGGGCGCUGAAGAACAUUGACCGGUCAGACAUUGUGAAAUCCCUGGAGGAUCCGGUGCCACAGGCAAUACCUGAGGCAGGAGAGGAGGGAGCCUGCAGGCUGGCCGAGCAUGACUCCACCCUGCUAUCUCCGAGUGUCAUUAAUGGUUAUGGGCUGGCGCAGGAGGAGCUGCUGUCUCCGGCCUCAGUACAGUACAAUCUGCCCUCUCCACUUGGCCCUGAGCCCUACUGGCAGGAGGUGUCAAGUCUGGAGUGUGCACCAAUUGCCACCACAGAGGAGGACACAAUGAUGGAGAUGUCAGACGUGCAGGUGUGGCCGGCAGGCAUCAGCCCAUCUCUGGUGACAGUGGAAGACUCAUCUGUAGAGGGCAGCAGCCGAGCAGAUGACUCAGAGCCUAACACCCUCAGUUUGCCCUGUAGCAGCAGCCUGGGGUGGCCCAGCAGUGGUGCUAGUGGGGCUAGCAGCUCCAUCAUGGAGCUAGAGGAAGAGGAGGAGGAGGAGGAGGUGGACGAAGAGGACUUGCCACAGGAAUUAGACAAGGAAAGGGUCCAUGCCAGUGGUGCCAUUCCCAAAGCCAACCACAAUGGGCAAGUUGGAGGUCAGAGGUCGGAGAGCAGAAAGGCCGAGGUGGUGGCGGCCAGCAGCAUGGCAGGAGGAGCUAGAGGAGGAGGAGCAAUAGGAGGAGGGAUUGGAUUAGGUGCAAGCUCAGGGGAAAAGUUUUCUGUUCUUACAGGGCAACAGAUUUACGCCCAGCUGCGUGAGAAAACCGGCCUGACUCGAGCACUUGAGCACAAUGGAGACAGGUUAAGUAGCAGUGCAUUUCAACCUUUCCUCCAGGAGAAGGCCGCGGAAUGUGUGAUGGAGCAGAGCCAGGCCCAUGUGGCCCAAGAAGCUUUACUCACUCCAGUAUGUGACACAGGCCAGUCAGAGCUCCUCCAUGGGAGAUUUAUGGGCACUCAACCCUUUGAGAAGGGGCUUGGCUUUUCCCAUCAGGAUGCACACAAGGCACAGAGAGAUGAGCCAGUCGAUUUCACCAGUGAGCAUCUGAGUGAAGAGCAGUUCACUGAUGAACAUGGAAAUGUGGUCACCAAGGGCCGGACAUUCACUGCCAAACCAUCCUUCACCCAAAUACAUUUGGGAGACAGAACGAGACGAGAGGCACAUGAGAGACAAGAUGAUGGGAGGAAAACGGGAGGCAGCAAAUGAAAAGAACCACAACUCCACUAACAUACACACACACACACACACACACACAACAAAAAAACAAAACAAACAAACAAAACAACAGAAAUUAUCAAGGAGCAACACUUCAGAAAAGGGAGGAGAAAACUAAGGAGAUCUACCUGUACUUUUGUAACAUUUUUAACAACAGUGAUUAAAAGAGGACAACUAGCUUAGGGCAUGAUCUUUUUUGUAUAAAAGUUCAUGAAAAAAAACAAAGAAAAAAACAACAAAAAGUGCUUCCUGUCAACUGUAAACGCAUGAUCAACUGCUGGUGCAUGACCUAUGACCUUUGAGCUGUCAUUAUCUAUCAAAUAAAAACCGGACGAGGAAAAGGGCCAUCGCAGGACUGGGGGAGAAUUUAAGGAUUUGGAACAACACAGCCAAAUAAAAAAGCAACAGUCUGAUAAUAUGACACAGCGUAAAGUUUACGCUGAACCCAUUAGUGCUUCAUCUCCACAGGCCCUUUAUCCUGUUCUUUAUGUGAUAUAUGCACUCUAUGCUAUGCGAACGUUCUCGUGUGCGUGUGUGAGUGUGUGUCCAUAUAUAAUGCAUGUGUAAUUGCUUCCGGCUGCUGAAUGUUUUUUCUGCUGUGACACUUUUUUCUUGAGUGUGUGUGAA